CAGUUGCUUGCCUUGCCCUACUCAGAACAUUUUCAAGUCCUCCGCAGAGCUCAGCUCAGCUCUGAAGCUAUCCUCCUCCUCCUCUCUUUCAGUAUUUACAAGGCAUGGACGUCGACUGGUGUCUUUCGUGUGAUCGCAGACUUGAUGGUCUGACGACCGCUUCAGGUCCAUAUUGCUCACCAGAGUGUCUUUCAUUUGCUCAACCAGCAUCUAGGCUCGCUGCUCCAGUAGCGACUCCUGCACCCAACACUCACCGCAUUCAUCAAUGGGCUGCCGCUAUCCCGCCGCAUGUACCUGCUGGCGCACCCUCUUGCCCCUUUGCGGAGGUAUCUGCUUCAGCAUCCACUCAGUCAACUCGUCGUUCCCCUUCACCUCGUGCCCGCUUUCAAGCAACGCCCAAAUUGAUUGAGCGUACAUCCGCUACGGCACCCGUCCCAACACUCUGCGUUUCAUCACCAGCCCAAGUACGACCUCUCCCCCCCACGCGCAGCACGCACUGCGCUUACUUUAAUGGCAAUACGGCGUCCAACACCACUGCCAGCAUGAGUGAAGCAAGCACUUCCCUUACUAGUCUCUUGAGCGAGCCGCUCGUGGCUACUCCAGAUGAAGGUGACUCCCCCUUCGGCAUUGGCGCUUUCGUUCGCUCGUGGGUUCACCGCGACCGCGAACAUGCCAAGUCCACAAACGAGGAAGUCGUAGAAGAGAUCAAAUCAUAUUUCCCACCAUAUUUAUCCUCCAAGACCUCGCCGCCCCGCCAAAAAAAAUCCAAGAUUAUCCAGUCGCCUCCGCCUGCCCCCAUCAUACGCCAAAAAUUCGCCGUUAUGAAAGCAACUCAUUUUAAUGACCGUGACCGCUCAACACCCACUGACUCCCACACCCCUACGCCCGUUGUCUUUCCUUCAUGCCGGGCUGCCGAGUUUGACUUGGAUGACGACGACGACGACGAGAGUUUCGUGCCCCAGGCUCACUACCACCACCACUUCCAACAGAAGUACGAGCCUCAGACGCGUUCUCCUUCGCUCUCCCCUUCCAACUCGAGUUCGGGUUCCUCCAUCCUCCUGAUGGCGCCGAAGCGAGUGGACGCCCGAGGUCGUCGCGGCGGUCGUGUUAUCGCGCCAUGAGGUGCUGCGCGUCUUUUUCAUUAUCACUAUCACCCCUUCCUCACUCAGCAUAUUCGCAAAAUCGCCUCGUGCCGAUAGGCGCUCAUUCACGCAAUUGACUUAUGGACUCUCCCUCGAAACGAAAAAAAAAUCCACCUCAUGGUUGUUGUUUGUUAUACUCCCCCCUUUCAAAACCCAGGAACGCUCUCCGUGCAUCUUGUACACCACUUUUCCUUCUCCCUUUCGACGCUUGCUUGACUUUUUGAGCACCCCACAAUCACAAUCAUUCAACUUUCUCGCUAUUUUUUUCUUCUUCGCACACACACACUCCUUCUCACUCCUCACACACUGUAUAUACAUGCAUAUACACAUAGAUCUCGUUGCACUUGCAUAAACACGUCUCACUCCUGGAUAUGGUAUUUGAUUUAUUGUACAAUAGAUUUUGGCAACAAGCCAAACGGAAUCGAUUUUGAACAGAUUUUCUGGUUGGAAACCUA